UGGUUCGCGGCCUGCUGUGUGUCUUCGACUCCAUUCACCUCCAUUCACACAGUAAAUAAAAGCAUGGAGGCUCUGACUCUCGGGAUCUAAUACCGAACAGCGGGGGGUAAGACACUGCCGCAUGCGCUCUCCCUUUCACCAAAACACACAGGAAGGAAGCAGGAAAGCGGCGAGCGCUUUGCCACUUGGAUUUAACCCGUUUUCCGUGGAAGAGAGGAUUGUAGCCGGACACAGGAGCGGGGCAGCCCGCCGCUCUGAGCAUGAAGCGGGCGGCUGUAGUGGCCAGGCACAAUGGCCUCGUCUCUCCGCUGGGGAACAACAACUCCGGGGCUUCGAGCAUCGUCUCACCCCCUCAGCCGAGAGCCGCUAAUAUAUCCGCGUCUGCCGACAGUUGUGCCGGCGGUGGGAUGGACGGCCUGCUGGAUUUCUCCAAAGGCCCCACCGUGAAAAUGGAGCUGGUGUGUAAAUGGAUUGACCGAACUUCUUCGAGACAGAGGCUGGGGCGGACGGCGACAUCCGUCUGCGAGCAAACUUUCAGCUCCAUGCACGAGCUGGUGGACCACGUCACCACCGAGCAUGUAGCAGCGGGGCUCGAGACCCUCAGUCAUGUCUGCAUGUGGGACGAGUGUCUCCGCGGCGGGAAGGCGUUCAAAGCCAAAUACAAACUCAUCAACCACAUUCGCGUGCACACCGGGGAGAAGCCUUUUUCCUGCGCAUUUCCCAACUGCGGCAAGAUGUUCGCACGCUCAGAGAACCUCAAGAUCCACACGCGCACGCACACUGGUGAGAAGCCGUUCCAGUGUGAGUUUUGCGAGCGGCGGUUCGCUAACAGCAGCGACAGGAAGAAGCACUCCCAGGUCCACACGGCCUCCAAGCCCUACGACUGCAAGGCCCUUGGCUGCACCAAGUCCUACACCCACCCCAGCUCCCUGCGCAAACACAUGAAGGUCCACGUUAAGUCGUCCCCUACCUCUGACCCCCAGGACAUGUACGACUCCAUCUCUCAUCACCUCCAACAACCUCAUCAGGCUCUCCUGGAGCCCCUCGACCUUAAAAUCAACCGCCACUCUCCAUCCCAUGGCAAUUUACACACUCAUUUCCCUCUUGUGUCCAAACACGAGUUGGAUCUCAGCCCUGCCAGCGACGUUGACAGUAAACUGCUGCUGCGGAGCUCGUCUCCCAUGGCGAUGCCUCUGGAUCUGUCUCUGUCGGGCCUGAAGAGUCAGCUGGCCCAGAGGCAGCAGAGUGCGAGGACCCCCCGCAGGAGCCAGCGCUCCGUCAACCCCGCCUUACCUCAGCUUUCUAACAUUAAGGAGUGGUAUGUGUGUACCAGGAGUACAGUACCUCACUUCCCUCUACUCCACCCUGACCACAUCAAAUCAGAACCUAGUGAUGACGAGGAGUAUGUCACGUAGGACAGAGGGGCUGAGUUUGGACUUGAAGAACAUGUACUGUCAGACCCAGGUCAGGCCAGAGGAAGGUCUGUGGAAUCAUAGUUGCUGUACAUUUCAGGACCAGCAGUGGUAUGGUUCAACAUGAGGGCCCGGAGUAAGCUGUGAUCAGAUGGAGAACUUUUUAACUGUCUCUAAAACAAAACUCAGCUCGGCCUUCAUCACUUUCUGUGGACCAAAAUCUAUGGUGACUCUUAUGUUGGCAGAAGGGACAAGAGUAAAUCCCUCGUUAUGGUUAUCAAACUAGUGUUUGACGAAAAACUGCGAGUUGUCCGUCAGUGUUAGCUAGCUAACCUGAACUAACAGAAUGGGAUGACUUUGUACAAAUGGACCAGGGGAUGCUGGGUACUGCUCUGAUGGCUGUUGAAGGAUAUGGUGUGUACAUGUGGAAGGAGACGGAUCAUUGACUAAUUUAUCGGAGAGCUCCACCUAGAUAAAGAAAUGCCAAGGGCUGCAUGGACACUGAUGCUAACGAUAGCUCUGUACACACGGUAACACAGCAGGUCCAAAACAGCAGGCAUACAGGGUGGAGCUGAGUGUUAUGGCCUCAGUGUGUUUUUGUCAGAUAGUUACAUAAAUUGAUGAAAGCAGCUUUUAUUUUCUGUCAGAAACAGGUUUCAGAUGCUGUUGUGUGAUCCAGAAAGCUGUUUGUUUGAAGCAAACAGGCCUUAACUUAACAAAAGUAUUUAAUGUGAUCACCAACUGGACACAGUAGCCAGCUGUGAAGCUGAAGUCAAUAGAACUGAUCCUUCUGAACAUCAGUGGACCUCUCUGUGGGUUAGUCACCUGCCCUGUUUACACUCCAUGUACAAUUUAGUAAAGACCCCAAGGUUUGAAAAGUUACCAUGUACACAUAUCCUUUAACAUGUGUAUUAAGUGAAAAAACAUGUAGUAUUUUCCCUGUGACGCAGUGGUGCAGCCAUAAAAGGUGGAUAUUGGAUGUGAGAACAGAGCAUCAAUGAAUCUAGGAAACAAGCAGAAUGUAAUGUGUGAGAUUUUCGAUAGCUUGGAGAAAAAAAAAGUUCAUCCGUUUGAAGCAACUGCGUUGAGAUCACUUUAACUGGUUAAUAAGUGACUUUUACUAAUGUACAUUAUCCAUCCACCAGUAAGUCAUUUCAGGCCGGAUUUGGACCUGGGAUAGGAAAGCUACCUGACACAGAUAGUUUAACAGAAUAAUGACACAGGAUUUAAAUGCAGUUAAAACUACAGGGUGUUACAACCCAGGUCUGACAGCCUGGUGAAACUGAAGGUGACCAUAUCUCUUUACAUCCCAUAUUGCAAGGGAAAACUGGGUGCACAGCUACAGUACUUAUAGUUGGUCAUCUGAAGCAGGAAGUGGCUCUUUAAACUGUGAUGGGUGUUUACAAAGGAGAGUUUGGAAAAUGUUUUUAACGUUCAUCUUUGUUUUCUAUUCCAAGUCAGUUUGGGGUUUGUUUAAAUCCUUAUAAUCACCUCUUUCCCGAGUUAUUAACUUGUUGUGUACAUUAUUAUUACUGAUAGGACUGAUGGACAAAACUACAGAUAACACCCAAGUUGAGUAAAAACAGAAUUUCCCUUUUAAACAAUUUAAAUGAUUUGAGAAUUGAAUUUUCAGUUUGACUGCUGACACAGCUAUUGAGCCAAUCAGAACGUUAUGAGAGCAGAGGAUACAAGCACGUUUAUAAGUGCACAGCAGAAUUGUGUCCUUGAAGUCUCAGCAAUAAUUUGUAUGUAUGAGCAAACAACUACCCAGUUUAUGAAGGUUGGGUUAUUCACAUGAGCAGCUGAGUGGAGCAGUGGUUUGCAGCGUCACCUCACAGGCAGGACUUCCUGGAUCUGAGUGUUCAUGUUCUCCCACAGUCCACACAUAUAAGAUUUAGUUGAAAACGAAGGUGAAAUGAAAUUCCUACUGCCUCUGCCGUUGUGAUUAUUAACAAGGUUAAUCAGAUUUGAAGAGAACAAAGGCUAAAGUUACAUUUUAGGUCAAGAGAUUAGCAUGAAAUGCCAUUUUUAGCCUUGGUUAUUUCAGUAGCACAUUACGGUCUUUACAUCAGUGUCACCCGUUCAGACAGCAGCCCCCUGAAUGAUAGCAAUUCCCUCCAUGUUUACAUAAGCUCAGUUCAGUGUCAUCUGGCCUUCACUGCUUCCUUGUUUCCUUAAGGAAUCACUGCAGCUCAGGAGUCAUGCAAGGUGACAGGAAGCAGGAAAAAGCAGCUGGAUUUUAAACCAGGGUGUCCAGAAUGAAAUGUAUUCCAUGUACACAAUCAAAUUAUCAUUUUAAUUUAAAAUAAAACUCCAUUUAACCUAAUCUGCAUGUCAGUACACUGUCGAAGGGAAGAAACCAACACUGAUGGGAGAACAUGUAAACUCCUCAGUACCUGACGCAGUGAGUGCUAACCACUGCACCUCUGGAAAUAUUACUUCUGACAAUGACACUAAAGCCCUCUUACUGGCUCAGCUUUCAUCUAUGACCAUGAGAUGUUCUGAAAAAAAGCUAGUAAUGGCCCAGGGAAUCAGAUUUGUUUACCACUAGCUGAACUGUUGAGGUGAUGUUUGUGCUCACCAGACAAAUGCUUGCUUGUAACCACAAGCCAACUAAAUCAGUCCUGGUGCUAAGUCUGUUAUUAAUUGACGUCAGGGAUGAAUCUGAAAUCUACUGCCCAACAAGCUGAUUGUGAGUUAGGCCGUUACCCAUGUAAGGCCCCAUCUUCAACCCGCUCUUAACGGUCCUGAUGCACGCAGAGAAGAGUCAGGCAGGGAGUUACAUAAACUACCAGUCAGUAUAUGAAAGAAGAGUACCAUGGAUUUAAGGAUUCUGUCACAAACAAACUGAACGUGUAGUAUAUAAGUUAACAAGUAUAUUUAUUUGUCUGUUUUUUUAAAUUAUUAUUAAACGUAGCCCGCAUUACUGGUUGGAGGGACUAGCAAGUUUUCUGGUUACUUACUAACGGUGAGUAAAGUUGCAUUUUUCAUGCAGGUCCACUGGUUUACAGCAAGAGUCACAUGCAGUCCUCACAGAGCAAUACAAAAAAAAUCUAUAAUGACUUUCUCAUUGAGUUGUUUUUCUCAUGCACAUGAAAAAAUGUAAUUUGUUAAAUAAACAAUUUAAAUCUUGA